AUGUUUGGCAUUCUGCGAAGAAGCACAAAGACCGUGGCCAGCCCGUCUCUGGCCCGAGGAUACCGGCGCAAAACCAGCAACAACCCGUUUGCGGGCUUCACCCGGUACAUUGACACAUCGUACGUGCCGAUGCUGUUUUUCAUCGGCUUCAUGUUUUCCGCCACCAUCAACGUUUCCAUGGCCAAGCACGAGUACGACGAGCUGGACCGCAAGAUGACGACGCAGAUCGAGGGUCUCAAAGGUCUGAUCAAGCGGGUCGAGGCCGGCGAAAAGGUGGACGUUGCCAAGGAGCGAGAGCUGUGGUCGUCGUCGGCGCCCUCCAAGGAUGUCCAGGAGAUUUUCGAGCAGAUCAGAGACUCCACUGUUGAGCCCGAGGCGGAAAAGACCGCGUCUAAGGCUGCUCCGGUCCAGGACUCCAAUUCCAAGCCCUUGAGCAAGUUCAUUUAG